AUGCAAAACACGAAAAAUACAAAUAAAUGGGUGAAUUUGAUUGAAGAAACUAUUUCUAAAGAAAAUUAUAGAUUUUAUGAACAAAAACAUUUUAGUAAUAUUCAAAAAGUUGGAACUGGAGGAUUCGGAAAAGUUUAUCGUGCGAGUUGGAAAAAUUCUCAAUAUUUUGCGUUGAAAUCUUUUUUCAAUCUUGAUGACGUCAUUGCAAAAGAAAUUGUUCAUGAGCUUAAACUUCAACGUGAUAUACAAUUUCAAAAUAACAUCAUUAAAUUCUAUGGGAUUGCAAAAUUUGAUCCAGAAAAUCAAAAUUCUCAGUCAAAUAAUUUUCUGCUAGUGAUGGAGUAUGCUGAUUCUGGUCCUCUUAAAGAUUAUUUAAAGGAAAACUUCAAUAAUCUUACAUGGAAUGAUAAAUAUAACUUUGUAUACCAACUAGCCUUUGCCGUGUCAUGCUUACAUAAUGAAGGAAUAGUGCAUUGUGAUUUGCACUCGGGCAAUGUAUUGGUCCAUCGAAACAUUAUCAAGUUAUCUGACUUUGGGUUAUCAAAGAGAAUUGAAUCAUCAUCUAACAUACAAUCAAAACUUUUUGGAAUAAUUCCUUACGUUGAUCCAAAAAGAUUUAGUGGACAAAGUAAAAAUAAAAACUCAACCCAAGNUGGUGUAUUAUUCUGGGAGAUAUCUAGUGGUCAACCUCCCUUUUAUUCUAAAGGCAAACAAUAUGAUAUUGAUUUGGCUUUAGAAAUUUCACAGGGUCUUAGAGAAGAACCCGUUCCCGAUACACCUGAAGAUUUGGUUGAAAUUUAUACCGAAUGUUGGAACGGCGAACCAGAUAAACGCCCAACCAUAAAUCAAGUAGUAGAAAGAUUAGAGGCAAUUAUGACAAAAACAAACAUAAUAACAGAAAAUUAUCAAACAGAAUUAAGUUCUCGCUCAACAUCAACAGAAGUACAAAAUUUUAAUCCAACUAAUAUUGAUACUUUAUCGAAUAUUGAUAAUUCAUUACAUGGGGAGAUGUCUCAAAUUAUACAAAAUUUUGAUAAAAUGAACACAAGAGAAAUAGAAUCUACACCAUUAACAAAUAAAAAUAAAAAAAAUUUAAAUAAAAUAGUUGUCGAUACAGUAAAUUAUAUUUUCAAAAUAAUUAAUGAAGGAAAAGAAUCAACGCAUAUCAAAAAUAAUAAAGAUAUUUUUGAUUAUUUUGAUAAUAAUAUAAAUUCACAAGAAAUUUAUUAUUUACUAUUAACUAAUCAAAAUAAUUUAGAUUCUAUAUUCUUACUUGGAUAUUUUAAUUAUUUAGGGAUUGAAACAGUCGAAGAUGAUAAGAAAGCAUUUGAUUUAUUUAUUGAUGCAUCAGAACAAGGUCAUAUAUUAGCACAAUUUUAUGUUGGAUUAUGUUAUGAAACUGGCCGUGGAACUGUAAAAGAUGAAAAAUUAGCUUUUAAAUAUAUUGAAAAAAUAGCCAAUAUGGGUUAUGCAUCAGGAUUAUCAAAAAUUGGUUAUUUCUAUAAUAAAGGUAUUGGGACUAUAAUUAAUAAGCAAAAAGCAGCUAAAUUUUAUCAACAAUCAGCGAAUUUAGGAAAUAGUAUAGCUAAAUAUAACCUUGCCAUUUCUUAUGUAAAUGGAAAUGGUGUUGAUAUCGAUUAUGGUAAAGCUCUUGAAUUAUAUCAACAAGCGGCAAAUUUAGGAUAUAGUUUAGCUCAAAAUAAUCUUGGCAAUAUGUAUUAUAAUGGAAAAGGUGUUGAUAUAAAUUAUGAAAAAGCUUUUGAAUUAUAUUACAAGGCAGCAAAUUCAGGAUAUAAUAGUGCUCAAUAUAAUCUUGCUAAUAUGUAUUAUGAAGGAAAGGGAAUCGAAAAGGAUGUAGAUCUAGCAAUUUAUUGGUAUGAGAAAUCUGCUAAACAAGGACAUCAACGUGCUCAAAAUAGAUUAGAAAUUUUAAAAUUUUAAGAAUUGGUGUAAAAAUCACUUGAUUAGAAAAUCAGAUGAUUAAGUGGCAAAGUAAAUAUUGAACGUACCCGUCACGUCGUCACGAAUAUCAUUACGUGAUCAAUACAGAUCUUAAAUCCCGCAGCAUUUUCUUUAUUUAAUCGUCAUUUUUUUUUAAAUAAAAAUGUUUUGUUUUUAGGAUGUGCAUUAGAAUAUUUUUGAAUGUAUUGCUAUAUAAAUUUUAACAAUUUAACGGUAUGUAUUAUAUAACAUCAUAUUCCACGUUACUCGAAAAGUUCUUUUAUUUUGAUAAUUUUCUACUUCUUCAACCAUUAUU